AUGGAUUCUACGAAUCCAUAUAGUCAUCAGAACUCGAGUUUUGUUGACCUUUUGAGCAGUCAACAAGAGCCGUUUCGUUAUGAGGGUUUAUCACAGCUCACUGUCUUUAAUAGUCAGUCUACUGCAACUUCAAGCUUCAGUGAAGACACACCUACCGAGCGCAAAGAAAGGAAGAAAUGGACUCCCACAGAGGACGUAGCGCUCAUAAGCUCAUGGUUAAACACGAGCAAGGAUCCCGUGGUUGGCAAUGAGCAAAAGGCGGGAGCUUUCUGGAAACGAAUAGCAGCUUACUAUGCAGCCUCAUCAAAGGUUGUAAACGAUGAAAAGCGAGAGGCUAUUCAGUGUAAGGAAAGGUGGCAGAAGAUUAACGAUUUUUUUUCCAAGUUGUGUGGCUCAUAUGAGGCUGCAACAAGACAGAAAACAAGUGGCCAGAACGACGGUGAUGUUGUUAAACUUGCACACGAAAUAUUUUAUAACGAUCACAAGAUCAAAUUCAACCUUCACCACGCAUGGGAGGAGUUGUGCAACGACCAUAAAUGGUAUGAACUUGCAACUACUAAGCUUGAUGGUAGUUCUAAAAAGAGAAGGUGUGAGGAUGGUGCACAAUCUGAAAACUCUCAAGGAACUAUCAAUCUAGAUGAUCCACCCACCAAACGUCAUGUUGGUGUUAAGGCAGCUAAAGGAGGAAGUAGUAAGAGAAGUAUGGAGGAUGGCAAGGCUCUCUCCGAGUUUCAGACCAUGUGGUCUCUCAAAGAGAAAGACUUGCCAGGCAAGGAAAGACUGUCCAAGAUGGGUCUGCUAGACAGACUCAUUGCGAAAACAUAG